AUGGACGCUUUUGCCAUCGCUCCCCCCGCGGCGUCUCGCCCCGUGACCCGACCUGUGGAGGCAGCCUCCCGUGGUGCGCGCGCUGCGGCGCCUUUGCACACCAGCCAAGCAGCAGCAGCUGCCAGUGCAUUUGUCACAGGUGCAGCUGCUGUGGCCUCAGUCGCCUCAGCACGACGCUCGAAGAGAACUGCGGCCUUGCGCAACCGCAACCAGCGCGUAGCAGCUGUGGCAAUGCAUGGAACCCCGGUGUGUGCCGGCGUGGUCAUCACUGGCGGAGCUGCUGGCGUGGGCUACGCGUAUGCAGAUGAGCUCUUGGCUCGUGGGCAUCAGGUGGUCAUUUGCGACGUGAAGGACUGCUCAUCGGCUGUCGAAUCUCUCAAGGCGAAGCAUGGUGAGAAAGCCAGCAUAUACGCCACAACUUGCGACGUGUCCAGCAUCGAGAGCAUCAACACUCUCAUCGAGUUCGUGAAGAAAAGCAUUGGCGUUGUGCACUACUGGAUUAACAACGCCGGCAUCAACGGUGGAAGACGACGCUUCACCGAGAUCAGCCCCGAGAUGGUGGACACCGUGGUCCGGGUAAACUUGGGUGGCAUUGUCCUUUGCACGCAUGCUGCCAUGAGAAUGAUGGAACAGCAGAAAGGUGUCGAGAGCCACAUCUUCAACACCGUCGGCAGUGGUGUCAAAGGUGGCGGCACACCGGGAUAUGUGACCUAUGGUGCUACGAAGCGUGGCCUUCCCCAAAUGACGGAAUCCCUGGUGAAGGAGAUCGAGGAAGGCGUGCAAGGGUAUGAGAAGGUGGAGACGCCUGGAAAGGUUAACUGCCACUGCCUGUCGCCUGGAAUGGUCUUCACCGACCUGCUACUGAACGACUCGACGCCUGAGUUGCGGAAGUUCCCCUUCGGGGUCCUGGCAGCGCAGCCAGAGGAGGUGGCCAAGGAUUUGGUGCCCAAAAUCCUCAGUGUCAGCGGCAACGGCAAGUCUGUUGAGUUCCUCACGGUCGACAAGAUCUUGACAAAGUUCUUUGGACGCUUCAUCCUGGGAGAAAAAUCGAAGUACAUCGACGAUGAUGGCAACGUCAUCCAAAUGCCUGGUGCGCAGUAUCAGGACAAUGGCGUUCGUGUUCUCUACGACGGCAUGCAGCAUCGCUUCGCCUCCGCCGUGGAGCUUCCGUCUUUGGAGGUGGUCUCGACUGACCAGACAUUCCGCGAGCGGUUCACGUCGGAAGUGAUGGUGUCCGGCAAGUCCAUGUACAAGGUACUGAACUUGCGAGGCUUGCAGCCGCUGACGUCUAUGGAGUCACCAGACAGUGACACGUGGGAUGUUUGCGACGAAGGUUUGGUUAGCAAGCCUCACAAGUCCACCAGUGCAGACCUAAUCGAAUUAAACUGGCCCUGCGAUGACGGAGACGUUUGCACGCAGUCUCCCCAGGAACAGCUUCAAAGUCCAUCCAGGCAGGAGCGCGAGCUGCAGGAGGGGGCUUGCAAGCAGUCUAUGCAAGUCGUGGUCACCGAUGCGGACCGCAAGCAACAAUUUGUGCGUUGCACAUCCCGCGCAAGUGGCGUGUCACGCGCGACCGGAAUCGAAUCAGUGGAUUCCGCAGGAGCGACGAGCAAGUCCGCCAGCGAAACAGAAAGUGAAGCAUAUGAUGGCUUCUUUGGAAGUUGGAGACGAAGCUUCAAAAAAGCGAUUUUUGGAACACCUUCGUCAAACACGAGCAAGAGCGCGAACGAGACUGACAUUCUACCGGAAGAGGACUUUGUAUUGAAUCUCUUGGAGUUGAGCCUGGCAGUCUGUGAUGCAAGUAAUGAGAUCUUGCAGGAUUUCGCAAGAAAAGCACAACAGGAUGGAAGGAAAAACUAUAAGAUGCUGAAGAGACUCAUUCGGCUUGGCCGGACCACUGGCUUGAUUCUGGACUCAGGUGGUGGCACCGUGGCUGGAAGCAUAUCCUCCCAGUUGCCUAUGCCUGUGCGAGACCUUGCCAAAGCUUUCAUGAAGGACGAUAUGACCGAAGUCGAGUGGGUAGCCGGCGAGCCACAAGAACCUCCCAGCUGCUGUACCACGUUUGAGCUUUCAGAGCCGGGAGCGAGCCCCAAAGAGGGAAACAGCAACUCCGAGCCGAGUCAGCAACCGCAAAGGCCGGUUUCUUUGAGGCACAGCUCCAGUUCCGGCAGUGACGCUCUGCAGGGACCUCCGCGGUCCCCCAGGCUUGGGCAGCUGAACCACAGCUCAAGCGUCAGCAGUCAGGAUGGCACUUUGGGCCUCCCACGGUCUCCCAGGCCUGGCGGCCUGAAUCACAGCUCAAGUGUCAGUAGUUCCGACGGCACCCUUGGCCUCCCCAGGCCUGCUCACUUGCAGCACAGCUCCUCCACCGUGAGCAGCUCCGAUGGAACUUUGGGCCUUCCUAGGCUGCUGGGACUGAACCACAGCACCUCGAACGUCAGCAACGCCAGUUGCAGGCAGACGAUAAACCGCAGUUCAUCCAUGGGCAGCGAGAAGGGAGACACUGCCAGUGCGUUCUUGCGGAGGCAGUUCGGCAGGAGGAGCAGCUCAAACUGCAGUACUGGCAGCGUUGGUGGCGGUGGGCUCGGUGCGCUGCAAAGGCGACUAGGGUUGAUGGCCUCAGGCAGCUAUGUGCACAACGAGGAGGGCCUCAGACCGCUGGGCUUGUACCGUGGCACCUCCAACGCUAGUAGCGUGAUCGAAUCGGAAGGCAUGAGGAGGCUGCCUUUCAACCGGAGCUGUUCCAAUUUCAGCAACUUCAGCUGCACAUCCUUCGUUGACUUCAACCGAAAGCACGGGCUCGGUGGCGUGGAGACGCCAUCCUUCCUCCAGUUCCUCGCCACGGUACAUGAUGCAGGCAUAAUGGCUCAGCAAGGCAACCGCCCGCGGCGGUUGCAGAGCAUACAGGAGAGAGAACUGGACGAAGCGUUCAGCAACAUUCACGAAGUUGAUGACAUGGAUGGGCACGACCGAAUGUCUUACCAUUCAUCGCAAGAAAUGGGCAAGGCGUCGGUGUUCGAGAUGAUCACUUCAUCUGGAUCUGUGACUUUGUCCACACGGUGCUUGAAGACCCAAGCUGCUUGGCAGCGCUCCCUUAUCGAGCAGCAGAGGUGCUUGCUGGGUCUCGUGUCGCGAAAGCUUCACAAAGCAGAGGAAAAGACUCGGGUGGACACGGCCGUCAGCGAAGAUCAGCGGGAGUUGUUGCGGAACUUCCGAAAGAUAGUUACGAAAGACAUGGAGGGUGAGGAAGCCGACCUUCAAGGACGCAAGGUAGUUGUCAUCGUCGUGGUGGAGACGUCCCCGGUGCUUCGAGCAGAGGUGGCGCAAUUGUGUCAGUUGCUUGAGUACCCGUGCACCACUUUUGGCAGCCUGAAAGCUGCAGCUGCUGAGAUCAGCAACAUCCUGGAGAGUGCUGGCGCAAAAGCAGCGGAAUCUCCAACUUUCCUGGUGUUACUGGGCACAGCAUGGCUAGAUCGCGACCUUCCUGUUCAAUUCAAGCAGGACCCUGUGUACGUGACACUCGCGAGCCAAACGGAGGAGCUGGAAACGGUCGGAAGUGAACUUUGUGCUUCCAGUGACGACCAAAUUCGCCUCCUGCUGAAGGAGCGAGGCAUCCGGGAGUAUUUGCUACACCCGCUAUCGCUGGAAGACGUGCGACGCACAGCAGAAGCUGCCUUGCAGCGACGAUGGGCCGAGGAGUUCCUGGUCUGCGAGACUCUGGGCAGAGGGUCUUCUGGAGUGGUGCAUCGAGUCAAACGCCUCCGAGACGGGCGAAUGUUCGCCAUGAAGGAGGUGCCGACUCGGCUUCUUCGUGAGAAGGAUCGUCAAAGCCUGUUGCAAGAGGUUGCUCUGAUGCAGAAACUUGCCUGGCCAACCAUCGUUUCCUUGACUACAGCUUGGGAGAACAGGCAGCAGCGUCUGCACUAUAUGGUAAUGCCAUUUAUGGAAGGUGGGUCUCUGAAGAGCCGCAUCACUCAAGCCCUUCUGCCUGAUGCAGAAGGCAUGGACCCUCUGACACGAAGCACCUCGAGUUUCAGCAUACGUGAGAAGCACUUGGGAGCCUGGUAUCUUCAAUGCCUUCAUGGCAUGGCCUACCUGCAUAUGCAGGGAGUGUUGCACAGGGACAUCAAGCCGGACAACUUGCUCCUUGGGCAAGGGGGCGUGUGCCUUCAGAUCUGUGAUUUGGGCAGUGCCAUGCGUCUACCUGGCAAGGGGCCUCACCCCCGCAAGGACGCAUCUGUGGAGGCUCCCAUCACUACUCCUCUUUACUCUGCCCCCGAGGUGGCAAAGUGGCAGCGCACCUCUGCAGCUUCGGACAUGUGGUCGGUGGGUGCCACCUUCUACGAGGCGAUCACUUUACAAACAUUGGCUCCUCCGCGCUUCGGUGGGCCGCAGGAGCUUGGCUCCUGGCUUGCGAGCCUUGCGGACUCGCUAUCAGUGCAGAGCAUCAGCACAGUCGCCACAGGAUCUCCUUCCAGCUCCGGUGGAGUGCCAUCAGACGACUUCCGCAAAGCGCUGGAGGCGCUGGAGCUCACUGCAGGAAUUGCUACGGACUACGACUUUCGAGGACAAGGCAAAUUGGAGGAGAUCCUUUGCGUACCUUUCGACCAGCGGCCCUGUGCAGCUGCAAUUCUCGCAGACAGAGGGAAUCUAUCCAUGCUGCGAUCUUCGUUAGUUGUCUCAAAGUCAACUAGCAGCGACGUGCAGACUCACUGGAAGGAGACGAAGGGGAUGCUGAAGAAGUCGAUGGCUGCUUCAGGCCUUUCGAGCUCCUCCUUUGUGCAACAGUUGUGA